GGGGUUAUUGUUUAAAUGGAGGUUCCCCCCCUCUCAUCACAGGUGGGCGUUUGGAGGCCCAGACCUGGUCCUCUGGUAUGUGCGAGUUUCCCCUCAACUUUCUCGUGUUUCGCGGGUACGUUGUGUCCUUUUACUGUUAGCACAGGGGGUCAAAGUUCAGAGGCUCGCCCCCUCUGACCUCGGUGAGGAUAUUCUGACAAACACUUCGCAGCGAGCGGCCACCGGUUCAAGCUAACAGCGAGACGCCGGCGGCCUUGUUUUUCUGCUCGGGUUUCCUCCUCAUGGCUCAUUUCCAUGACGACCCCCUGAUUGGCCGCUUCGCGUCCCCAAGCUCGAAUGUGAUUCGCCCGGAUUUCUGUCCAGCAGAUCCAUCCUCCGCUCUGAUUGGCUGCCGCUCCGCGCUGCAGAGCUGUCUCUUUAUCAAUGCAGACCCUGUUAAAAAUGCUUUACUUUUCCCAAGAAAGGCGGCCAAACGACACGUAACCCACAAAAACCGAUGCCUGUCUGUCUUUCGGGGGGUUCCGAGUGAAUAUAGCUGCUUAUUUUCGUCCGCUGGCUGAUGACAGGCGGCGGGCUGAAGUUUUGAACUGCUGGCCUGAAGAUGCAAACCUCUAAGAGUUUUCGUUUGGAUGAUUUCAUCGCAGGAUGGAUCGGAGGAGCCUCCAGCGUGGUCGUAGGACACCCGCUGGACACAGUGAAGGUGGCCGGCUUCUUUAAGGGCAUGUCUUUCCCGCUGGCCAGCAUCACCGUCUACAACUCGGUUGUGUUUGGCUUCUUCAGCAACGUUCAACGGCUCAUCAGCACCUAUCGCUACGGCGACGGGCACCACCCCUGCGGGCUGCUGGACCUGACGGUGGCCAGCAUGCUGACGGGGCUGAUGUCCGUGGGCCUGGGGGCGCCGGUGGAUCUGGUCAAGAUCCGCCUGCAGAUGCAGACGCAGCCGGUUCUGGCUGAGAACCUGCACCUGGCGGGGACGGGCCUCCGGCAGUGCUCGCUGCAGCUGACCGGCCGGCGGCCGCACCGCGGCCCCCUGCAGUGCGUCAGCAGCAUCCUGCAGGCCGAGGGCCCCCAGGGGCUGUACCGGGGGGCCGGCGCCAUGGUCCUGAGGGACGUGCCGGGCUACACGCUCUACUUCCUGCCCUACGCCGUGCUCUGCGACCUGCUGAGGCCCGACGGCUCGGCCAGCCCCCACCCCGGCGCCAUCUGGCUGGCCGGAGGACUGGCAGGGUCCAUCUCCUGGGUGACGGCCACGCCGGCCGACGUGGUGAAGAGCCGGAUGCAGGCCGACGCCCAGCUGCAGAGGAAGUACCGGGGAGUGCUCCACUGCAUCGAGGAGAGCUACCGGACGGAGGGGGCACAGGUCUUCUUCAGGGGGGCCUCAGUAAACGCCAUCCGGGGCUUCCCCAUGAGCUCCACCAUGUUCCUGACCUACGAGCUCUCUCUGCAGUUCUUCAGGAGCUUUUAGGACCGCGGUCCAAAAAGGAAACACACUCGGUUUCUUUGGUAAAUGGGAAUGCAUGGGGGUGGAGGGGGGGGCGUUAGUUUCUGUCUGUGAGAGAGGAGACGUCUGGGGCAUUUUUAUUCAGAGCUAAAUGCUGCCAGCAGCAGGAACAAUUCAACUUAAGCUAACCCAGAACCCAGAAGGAGGGGGGGGGGCUCAGGUUUGGAAACUAAACUCGG